AUGUCUGGAACAGCUAAUCCUACCAAUCAUAGUGCUGGGUCAACAGUUAAUGAUGAAUACACACGUCAACUACCACUGAUAUCGAUGGUAUACCUAAUGUUCACACAACACACAAGUACUGAUAAAUACGGAUACAUAUACGUGAUAAUCAGGUACUACAGCUAUUUUGUGAUCAAAUACAGUCAAGUACAACAAUCAACUGACUUGAAGUCAAUGGAACAACAUUUGAAGGUUAAUGAGUCAUAG